AAUGCUUAUAAUAAAAUUAAAACUGUAGACACAGUAAAAAAAAGAAGUAUUUAAAGAGUGCUAGUGGAAACUAUUAUAUUAUCAUCAGCUAGUAUCGUUACCUAUACAAUCGUCAUACAUCAAAAUACCAGACAAAAUGUUUCCGGUGCAAUUAUUGGUUGUUUUAUCAACGAUGAUUAUUAUUAAUCAGGCAGCAACAUUGAACUACCAGAAUCUGAAAUCAGUCACACCAAAAUAUGAAGAUAAUAAGGAGGCAUAUAAAAUGUUAAGCAACAAGACAUAUAAUAAAUCUGAAAUUGAAGCCUCAUACGACAUUAAUACAACAGAUUCAUAUGGAAAUAUCAUAAAUUCAAAUGAAACUGCUUUACCCAUGUUAAAAAGCAUUCCUAUAUCGGUUGUUGCAGACAUUAUUGGUAUGGCAAUGGAUGUGCUCGGAAAUGUGAUUAAAAAUAAAAACGAUUGAAUUUAUUAUUACAAUUUUAUAAUACAUUAUACAUAAUAUUAUAUGCAUUAA